CCACACAAAGGCCCGGCCAGUCGUGCAGCUGCCCUCAGUUGGAAACACUGUGAGCCAUGGCGGCCAUGUUGCUGACGGUUUUAUCCCUAGCCCUGCUGGCUGCGGCCAACCUUAUCCACGGCGCGGCUUUCAUAUCCAUGCCGAAAGAGAUGACGAUUCGGUACGGCACGAAGGACCACCAGAGAACCGUGGUACGGAGGUACUGCGAGUGGAACGGACAGAAGGUCCUGCUCGGCAGUACCUGGACCACGGCCUGCUGCAUGCACUGUACCUGCACUGGCUAUGGCUUGGAAUGUUACACACACGGGGUGUACAUGACGCCGCCUGGAUGUCUUGUUCUCGUGAACGAAGUCUGCGAGGUGGAGAUAGUGGACAGCUCCGACCCCAACCGGCCUUGUCAGUCACUCACCGUAGGUCCGCCAGGUGGCGUCGUGACACCGGGGAUUCAGCUGGAGGCGAAGUAGCUCAUCAGUACUCUCCAAGCAGAGGUUAGGCCGCGAGACAUAAAGAAAACGGUGCAAAAUAGAAAGCCCGAUAAAACGCCUAAAACGGCAAAAAGAAAACAAACAGUCGGAGCCUAACCUCUGCUUGGAGAAUAGCUCAUCAGAGGUUGUAUCGCGGGAUUAUUUUUACUGAGGGGAGCGCGACCCAACCUCUGCUUUGAGAAUGCAUCAGCUUACAUGAAGUCACAUGAAAGAAGCCCAAACGGUCAAUGUAUGUAUACGCGUUGUGUCAAACAGGCAUCGCACAGUAUAUAUAUAUAUAUAUAUAUAUAUAUGGUUAUAA